UUUUAUCCCUUAAAGUAGUUUAUCCUGAUAUACGGUUCUAUAUUUCUUCAUUCCAAUUUAAGAUAUAAAUCUUCUACGCAAUCAAGUCAAUAAUGAAGAAUCAGCGAUACUUUAUGUAUUUGAAUACCGAUGUUAGAGAGCUUUUGAAAAGCAUAAGGAAUAAAAAAAAUGUACCUAGUCUAGUCGAAGAUAUGCUGUGAGUGGGACAAAUGAGAUUAUUAGCGGGAACACUAUUUCACUGUUCGGCCGAAGCUUUACAGUAAAACCAAGUAAAAGUGUGCAGAACUGGAUUUUAUUUAUCUACAGCUCUGUUUAGUACAAUUUAUUGUAUUGCUAUCAUUUGACAGUCUGCCGUAUUGUGUUGCGUGAUGUCACCGACUCAUAUGUGGCGAUAUCGCUGAAAAACAAUAUUAUCGAAUUCUAAUUCUGGUAGUGAGGUCCCUUUAAACGAUGGAAGUGUUUUUAAGCUGUAAAUGCUUUCUGAACUGGACCCUUUUGUGUGUUAUUGCUGCUCAUCAAGUUUCCACAGCUGCUAUUGAACCUAAGGAUACAUACCAGAGUCUCACUGAUUCUCAGGGUUUUUAUAAUAAAGAUGAUCAUGUUUUUGUACUUAACGCGGCAAAUUUCAAGUCCAAUAUUUAUGGAAGCAAGAGUUCCUGGUUAGUGGAAUUCUAUAACAGUUGGUGUGGAUUCUGUCGUCGAUUUGCCCCAACAUGGAAGGAGCUUGCACAAGAUAUUCUAGCAUGGAAAGACAUUGUGGUUGUGGCAGCUAUAGAUUGUGCUGACGAUGACAAUAAUCCUAUCUGUAGAGAGUAUGAAGUGAUGCAUUAUCCUAUGUUAAAAUUUUUCUCUGUGAAUGCAAGACUGGGAUCAUUUGGAAUUGAGAUUGACAAAGGCAAAGAUAUGGAAAAGCUUAGGCAAAAUGUAAUAGAUCAAUUGGAAAAAGAGCAGCAAGAAGGACGUGGUCUUACCUGGCCAAAUAUUACUCCUUACAGGGGUAUGGAAACUUCACAACUAUGGAAAUCUGUACGACAGAGUGUACAAUACAGCUUUCUUAUAUUUGAGACUGCAGAUUCUUUCCUUGGUACGGAAGUUAUAUUGGACAUGCAUCGUGUGAAUAAGAUACAUAUUCGCAGUGUAACAUCAGACAAUGAACCUCUGUGCAUACUGCAUAAAAUUAUAAAAUUUCCAACCCUGCUUGUCCUAAGUCGAAAUAAUACUAGUAAAAUAAUCAAUGUUAGGACACCAACUAGAGAGGGUUUCAGACAUGCCAUUAAAGAAUAUAUGCUCUCUCAAGGCAUAAGUAUAGAACUGCAAAAGACUCCUGAGAGGUCCAUGGAAUCACCAGGUCUUCAAACUUUGGAUGUUCAUAAGAAACUAGAUGAAGUGGACAUAAAACAUCCAAUAAAAGUAUACGGUGACGUGCUUUUCCAGCUCGAUCUGGAAACAGUCCUCAGGUACUCUUUAAACCAUGAAAUAACAUUGACAAAGCUAAUCGAGGGUGAGAAAAUGCAAGCUCUUAAAAGUUACGUGAACGUCCUAGCCAAGUACUUUCCGCUGCGGCGUAGUGGGGUUGUCUUUUUAGACGUGAUUCGCGAUAUUCUAGUUGAGAAAGAAAGUCUUUUAGGUAAAGAGUUCAUUCAGAUAAUACGUUCAACAGAAGAGGAGAUGUUUCCGGUGUAUUCAGGUCCUCAGGAAUGGAUAGCAUGCAAAGGAAGUACGAAUAAUUACAGGGGUUAUCCUUGUGGGUUGUGGAUAAUGUUUCACAUGCUGAGUGUCAAUUCAGCGAUACAGAAUAAGGGCAACGCACAACAUGACCCGACGGAAGUGCUUCGAGCUAUGCAUGGAUACAUAAAGAAUUUCUUUGGAUGUGCAGAUUGCUCAGAGCACUUCCAGGAGAUGGCAGCGAGAAAUAAGAUAUUCGACGUGAAAACCGCCAACGAAAGUAUCCUCUGGUUAUGGAAAUCACAUAACGAAGUGAAUAACAGAUUGGCUGGGGAUGAAACCGAAGAUCCAUAUCAUAAAAAAAUUCAAUAUCCAUCUCAGGAAUACUGUAGCUCUUGUAGACAUGCUAAUGGUUCUUGGAAUGAGAAUGAAGUUCUGAGUUAUCUCAACAAGAAGUACAGCUAUUCAGGUAUUAACUACUAUGGAUCGGAUGGCAAAUCAGAUGAACUUCCCAAAGAAAAAAUAGAAAUACGUCAAGAACGUUUGGCUCAAGAAAAAUAUGUGCCGCAGCGUAAACUUGGUUGGGAUUUCACUAUAUUUGAUAUAAGUAUCUGUGUAGUUCUAUAUGUUGUAUCGGCUGCCAUCCUGGUUUUGGUAUGCAUAAAGUUUGCUGUUAAAAGGACAUACAGGAAGAAAGUUUAUGUGUAUAAUCAUCUGGGAAAAGUGUAAUUUUAUGGUUAAUUUAAUUACAUGACAUGAGGAAUACCAGGACAGUAAGUGGUUGAUAGUGUGAACAUGGUUGUUUGAUAAGAACUAUAAAUAUUAAUACUGUAUAUAAAGAAAAGGAUUUUAACAUACUAUAUAUCUGUUAAGUGUAUGCUAAGUUGAAUCAAUAAUUCACUGUAUGUAUAUUUGAUUUACUGACAGAUUUAAUUGAUCGAUUUACAUCUAGGCUGCUUUAUACUUUCACAAUAUGUAAGACCUCUGAUAGAGAACUUUGCUUUGAUGCGUAACAAUUACAUAUGCAAAUUCACUAGCAAGUUUAAUUAUAUUUGAUGUUAUUAAAAUUCAGGAUUAUUCUGUCAAAAUUGGCUUGCAGAGAUCUUGAGGUAUAGCAUGUAGUUGAAUGGAGUGAGACGUAAAUGAAUAAUAAGACUACAAAGACUA